AUGGUAGAUCCGCUGACAACGUCUGGAAAAGCUGCAGACAUUCAAUGGCAGCCUGUGAAGGCAGCUGAGAGGGAGCCUGUGCCCUGCAAAGCCAUAGGGGCAGAGCUGCUCAAGACCAUGGGAAGCCACCUCUUACAUCUGCAUGACCUGGAUUGGUUCUCUGUGGGAAGUGAUUUGUUGCCAGGAGACAUUAGGCAAUCAAUGUCUGUAGACAUUUUUGGUUCUCACAAGCUGGAGAAGAAGUGGGUGGGGGAGAAAGCCGAUAAGCCAGAAGAGACAGGAUAUGAAAAAAGAGAGACAACAGAAAAGACCAGUGAAGAUCAGCAGCAAGGAGCUGCAUCCCCCAGGUUUAAGCUGAGUACAGACAUUUUGAUAAUUCUUGUCCUCUCGUCUAAGAUGAACUUCAACUAUAGAGUCAAGCCCAGCAACAAUUACAAGAGUCGGAAAAACAAGCGGCGUGAUUUGUUGUGGCGGCAACCAGGGAAGGGGCAGGAGAAAGGCAACCGACGAGUGCAAACCACGGAGCCCCAGUCUCGCGACCCCACCUGGCGUCCCGGUCGCCCGCUCAGGGCCCGACGCAAGGGUCCCGGGCGAGGGCUACCGCGGAGAAGCGGGGAGGGGCUUUCCGGCUGGGGCGGAUCCCGCCCUCCCUCUCGUCCCGACCCGGCCGCAGCCCUGCCGCGAGCGACGAAGAAAGAGGAGAGCCAUGCUGCUACCGACGGUCGCUGGUUCCAACCCCGAGCGACUGCGGACCCGGCCCAGGGCGGCCCUCCAGCCUCGGCCUUACGUCACUUCCGUCACCGGGGUCAGUGCCGGCAGCGGCAGGAGGCGGGACCAGGGCGUGGGCGGGGCCAAGUCCCGGAAGCCGCAGGAGACGGACUCAGGCGCAGCACCCCGCGAUGCCUGGUCAUCCUCAACCUGGUGGGCACUCCUUCAUUCACUGGAGAAGCAGCAGCAGGGCUUGCUUCGAGUCUAGGGAAGCAAGAAAACAGAUCUGAUCCCCCUGUGGAGUGUGGAGUAGGGGCACUGCCCUUGAUGGUGGGAGUGAAACCAACUUGUUUGCAGAUAAGAUUGCCAAGACAAUUCCAAUGGGGAAAAGAAGUCUUUACAAACAUGCUGCUGGGACAACUGGAUCUCUACAUGCAAAAGAAUGAACUUGAACUACUAUUUCACACUAUAUUAAAACAAUUAUCAAUUAUUUUGGGACUGAAGGCAAUUAAGAAGCAGCAAAUGGAAAAAGCUCUCCUUGUCUUCCCCUUAUAUUCCUCAAGCCAUGGUAUGAUGCAAGAAGAAAGCCCUCACCAGAUGGCUAAGCAGAUGCUGGCACUAUGCCCUUGGACUUGCCAGCCUCCAAAACUGCCGGGCGCAGUGGUUCACGCCUGUAAUCCCAGCACUUUGAGAGGCCAAGGCGGGCAGUUCAGGAGGUCAGGAGAUUGAGACCAUCCUGGCCAACAUGGUGAAUCCCUGUCUCUACUAAAAAUACAAAAAUUAGCUGGGCGUAGCGGCAGGCACCUGUAAUGCAUGUUACUUUAUAGGAUUGGCAGAGCAAAGAGCAAGAGGGGACAGAUAUGGCAAAGGUAAUAUAAUUCAGAUUCUUCUGAUAAUUUAUAAAUGUCUGGUAGAAAUACAAGUUAUACUACUGGAAUUCAAAUUAUAUUUUAGGAAUUCUUAUUAAUUUAAAAUCAAUAGACUAUCCAAAUAAAUUAAAUGUGAACUUAA